GUUUCAGGAUCUCCGGAACCACGCGCGUUGGCCCUCGUCGGCCGCCAUCUCGGUGCUUCUGAGGGUCUGUCAGUCGCUGAAGAGGGCCUCGGGGGCCGUAGACACGGAGGGAAGGUAUUUUAAGUGGUACGGUGAUCUGUGUCCAGCGGUGAAGAUCGAGGCUAUCGCCAGGCACGGACCUUUGAUGCAGCUCUGAUCUGUUAAGUAUGAGGAAACGUCUGCCAAGGAGUUUCUGGGAAAUGGUUGAGUCCUUGAUCACCAAUCCUGGAGAUCUCAGGCUGGCACUGCAGGGAGACUAGACUGAAGGGCCAAGAUGAGACAAAGCAUUGUCCGGAUUAGACAUGAGGCUGGCAGGCCCAGAGCAGACAGAAGACAGUAUACCCUGCAGUUGGCUAGUCCUUUCUUCAGAACAGAAGAACAUGACCAAGGACUGGGUACUGUUAACAUUCGAGGAUGUGGCUGUGGGCUUCUCCUGGGAGGAGUGGCAGUUACUAGCUCCAUCUCAGAAGGACCUGUACCGGGAUGUGAUGCUGGAGAACUAUAGGAACCUGGUGUCAGUGGGUUAUCAAGCCAGCAAACCAGUUUCACUCUUCCAGUUGUUGCAAGGAGAGCCACCAUGGACGGUAGAGGGAGCAGCUCGGAGUCAAAGUUGUCCUGAAGAAAUAUGGGAGAUUGACCAUAUGCACUGGCACCCAGAAAACCAAAACGAGAGUAAAACCUUGGAAAGAGAUCAGCAAAGUUAUGCACUUGGAAAUAAUUCUGAUUUAUAUGAAAGUCUUGUUCCUUUAACACAAAGACACAAUAAGUUUGGCUCACAUUGUAAAAGUUUGAAACCACAUUUGGGUUUUGUUAUUCAGAAUAGAAGAUAUGCAGGAGAGGACUCUGAUGAGUUUAGUGGAUGUGGGAAAUCAUCAGUCUACAUCCAGCAGGAUACAACUCUUAGUGGACUUAAAUGCCAUGGAUGGGUGAAACCCAGUGGCAUUAGAUCACAGUUCAAUGAACAUCAAAAAACUUAUUCAGAAGAGAAAGCACAUGAAUGCAGUAAGUGUGGGAAAGCCUUCUCCAGGAAGGCACAGCUCAUUAGGCAUCAGAGAACUGAAAGAGGAAAGAAGCCACACGGAUGCAAUGAAUGUGGGAAAACAUUCAUGAGGAAGAUUCAGCUCACUGAACACCAGAGGACUCAUACUGGAGAUAAACCCCACGAAUGUAGUGAAUGUGGAAAAGCCUUCUCUAGAAAGUCGCAGCUCAUGGUACAUCAGAGAACUCAUACAGGAGAGAAACCCUACGGGUGCAUUGAAUGUGGCAAAGCCUUCAGCCGGAAGUGCCGGCUCAGUAGACAUCAGCAAUCUCACACUGGAGAGAAACUCUACGGAUGCAGUGUGUGUGGGAAAGCCUUCUCCCAGAAGGCAUACCUCAUUGCACAUCAGAGACUUCACACGGGGGAGAAGCCUUAUAAAUGCAGUGAAUGUGGAAGAACUUUCUUUUUCAAGUCGGACCUGACCAAGCAUUGGAGAAUUCACACAGGAGAGAAACCUUACAGAUGCAGUGAGUGUGAAAAAGCCUUCAGGAGCAAGUCAAAGCUCUUUCAGCAUCAGCGAACUCAUACUGGAGAGAGACCGUAUGAGUGCAGCAAAUGUGACAAAGCCUUUGCCCACGUGUCGGUCCUCAUUAAACAUAAGAAAACUCACACAAGAGAGAAAGCUAUAAAUUCACUGAAGGUGAAGAAACCUUCCUUAGGGAGUCCUAGCUCUUUGUACGUGAGUGAACUUGCACAGGAGCAAAGCAACAUGAACACAGUGCCUGUGGAAAUACCUUCUUUGGGAACUCAGCCCUCGUUAAACCUCCCUGCUAGAAUUUGCCUGAAUUUGUGGUUUGCAGACCUCUUCCACCUUCAAAGCCAGCAGUGGCUGGUUAACUCUUCCAUCACUCUGACACUGACUCUUGCCUCCCUCUCCUACAUGUAAGGACCUGUGUGACUACACUGGGCCCACCCAGGUAAUCUAGGAUAACCUCCCUGUCUUAAAAUCAGCUAAUUAGCAACUGUAACUCCACCUACUACCUUGAUUCCCCUUGCCUUAUACUGUGACAUACUCACAAGUCUUGGAGGUUAGGAUGUAGACAUCUUUGGGGGCCAUUAUUCUGCCUCCUUCAGACCACCCUCUGGCACCCAAUUAUUUGUAUCCAUACCACAUGAAAAAUACAUUCAGUCUCUCUCAGCACCUCCAGAUGUCUCAACCUAUUACAGUACCAACUCAGUCUAAAAUUCCAUCUAAAUCUUGAGUUUAAACACUCUAAAUCAAGAAUUGGUUGAGGCUCUGGAUAUGAUUUGUCCUGAGGCACAAUUCCUCUCUAUGAGCCUGUGAAAUUCUAGAAACGAUUCACAUGGCCCUAAAAUACCUAAUUGCAUCUUUUACUUUAAAUGCCUUUUGCCACAUAAUGUAACAUAGUUACAGGGUCUGGAGAUUAGGACAUGAACAUCUUUGGGAGUCCAUUCUGUCUACCACAAAAACAUUAGAUGUCAGAGUAUUCAUACUACAGGAUAUUCCUACCUAGCCAUUAAAUAAAUCUAGAGAAGCGUGUUCACAGAGAAGUAAUUAUCUUUGAUAAUUGCAGUCCAAAUACAGUAACUUUUUUUCUAUAAUCAGGGACUCUUACACCUGUGUCAUUAGAUGUGACAGCAAGAAUACUAUUAAGAUACAUAAAUAAAACGAUCAGUGCUGGAAAAGAAUUCAUAAAUGCUCUAAAGGAAUAUGAGAUUUAUGUGCUGCAAAUGCUGUCAAACGUAUUUGUAUGUAUUCUGAAAUCAUAUAAAUCAACAUCCUAUUCUGACUGUAGAAUGCAUAUUCCAUAAUGCACCUAAGUAACAGAAUUCUUCACAGCCAAUUCCAACAACCUUUUUUGUUUAACAGGAAAUGUUUAAUUUUAUUCACUCAGUAAGUAACAAAAAGGGAAUAGGCAAAAUAUAUGAAUGGCCUGUCUUCAGACAUAGAGUAAUGGGAAGAUCAGCACAGCUAACUUGAAAGAAAGGGAAAAAAUGAAGGGAGUCUUAUGACUACCCCAGCCUGGACAGAGUUUCCAUUCUGUAGCAUAGGGAGGGGGAAUCUCAUCAGAUCUUGGCAGUCUCUCCAAAUCGAGGCAGAGUUUAGAGUUUGGAGAAUUCAAGGUGGCUCAAAUUUAUGGUGCAGGUUAAAGGAGAGGAGAGGGCUGCACCCGAGGCGAACCCAUUCCUCCACAUGAUUUGAAGUUGUAAUCAGCACAUAUGUGUGAGGAAGCUCCCUGGGCUGGAGGAAGAACCACUGGAACGAUCAGGCAGAACUAUCCUUGGAACUUGCACAGGUUGGGAGUAAUUUGUUUCCACCAGUUGGGAUGGAAACCCCUCCCAAUAUUUGGAAAGUCACAGUGGAACUUCAGAAAAAUAGUGCCUCAGUGGGUCACUCAGAUUGGCUCUAGAGUAAUGGCUGCUCUGAGCUCUCCAGACAAACGAUAGAUACAAGCUGCUACAAAACCAAACUGUUUCCAAGCAGUUUAACUGCUUCCCAGACCUACACCCAGUAGUAUUUAAAGAAGAGAAAGUCCAUCAACUGAGAAAACCAACAGUGUGGAAAUCAGUGUCUGGCAUCUAGUCAAAACUUACCCAGGUAUGCAAA